AUGGAAGGACUUAUCGAUAUUAGUCACUAUCCAGCCGUGCAUUCCGUUUUUCGGUUUUUAUCAGUUCCGUUUACCCUGAUCAAUAUUCUGGGGCUGUAUGUGAUUUGGAAAUGUACGCCAAGACGAGUUGGAAGCUACAAAAACUAUAUGUUGUUUUUACAGCUAAACGCCAUCCUCUACGACCUCAUCUUCUCUUUCCUAAUUUUCCCCAUAUUCUCAUUCCCAGCGGGUGGAGGCUAUUCUCUGGGUUGUCUAUCCGAGCUUGGGAUUUCAGUUUCGGUUCAAAUGCCCCUCGGCUUCGCCACCGUCGCGGCAUUUCUAUCAGCCCUGGGAAUCGCCUUAUUUUCAAGGCAACAAACGAUACUCCAUCAUGGUCAUCGCUUCAAAUAUUCUGAAGAGAAAGCUCUCCGAAUUUGUGUACUUAUCACGUUGCACCCAUUUUAUCUGGUGGUACCGGCCGUACUACUAGUCAUGUACUUCGUUGACACCACUAAAGGAAUGGCUUAUCAUUAUUCGAAAUAUCCUCUGCUCGAGGAAUUCUUUGUACAACCCACCUAUUACGCUGUAAACGUCGAAAUGAAAUACGCCUGCAUCUCGUCCAUAAAUCUGAUGUUAUUUUUGACGAUUCUGGGAUUUGUUUACCUGAUCACCCCCACUUUCCUUGAGCUCCAGAAGCUCAAGAAAUCAACGAUCAGCCAGAAAACGUUAGAGCUACAGCAGAAAUGGCUGAAAAGCUUGACGAUACAGACCUCAACUUUCCUAAUCCUCUUCGUGCUGCCGAUGUUUUGGUAUGGAAUCGUGUUCUUCACGAAGAAUCAAGCACUAGCAGUUUACUCGAUCUGGGUUUCAAUCAUCAUCUCUUGCCAUGGCACCGUCUCUACCGUGGUGCUCUUUGUAUUCUACGAGAACUAUCGACGUUUCUUUACGCUCCUCUUCACAUUCAUCAACGUCUACGGGUUAUAUGUCGUCUGGACAGCAACACCGAGACGCAUCGGCAGCUACAAAAAUUAUAUGCUCCUGCUUCAGUUUAAUGGCGUCGUUUACGAUUUUGUAAUGGCAAUCCUAAUAUUCCCGAUCUGCGCUAUGCCAGCGGGUGGUGGAUAUGGGUUUGGAUUACUUGCCGAUUUCGGCGUAUCCAUGAAAGUGCACGUGCCAAUUGGUGUCUUGUGCGCGACAUGUUUUCUGGUAUCGAUUGGCUUGGCCUUUUUCGCUCGUCAGCAAGCUGUCUUAACCGAUGGACACCCCCUAAAAUUCACGAACACAGCCUUCUUGCAGCUUCUAUUUGGAUUCCACCCAUUCUGGCUAAUUUGCCCGCUAGCCAUACUUUGCAUGAUACUCGUCGAUACGGAGCGGGCUCAGAGGUUUCAUUACACGGCCCUGACGUUUAUCCUCCUCUUUGCCUUCCCGAUGUCAUGGUUUGGAUUCUUAUUUGCCACGAAGAAUUCUACUUGGCCUGUCUACUCAAUCUGGGCUUCCGUAAUGAUGUCAAUACAUGGAACAGCUUCUACGAUUGAAUUAUUUAUCUUUUAUGAGCCAUAUCGAAGAUUCCUCUCAAAGAUGUUAGGUGUUUGGAAGAAAAACGUGGCCGAGCCGACGAGCAUCAUCGUCACGGCCACAGCGCCAAACCGCGGA